AUGUCCACCGCUGCCGACCGCGAACAAAGCUUGUUGGCCAUCGGCCACCAGUGCUCUCACGUCUCCUGCAACCUCGUCGACUUCCUUCCAUUCAAAUGCCAACAUUGCUCUGAAUCUUUCUGCGGCGAUCAUUUCUUGCCCAACCAGCACUCUUGCGCGAAGUACGAUGAGUUCAGUCACAACCGUGUGGCACCCGACUGCCCGCUAUGCAACGAACCCGUUGCCAUUCCGCCCGGCGAGGACCCCAACGUUCGGAUGGAACGGCACUUGAACGCAGAAUGCUCGGUCAUGACCGGCAAGACGAAGAGCAAGACGCCGCGCUGUGCACGAGGGAAGUGCGGCAAGGUCCUUUACGCACCCAUUCAUUGCGAUAAAUGCAGCCUCGACUUCUGUCCAACUCACCGCUUCCCCGCGACCCACAAUUGCUCGUCACUCGCUUCUUCCUCGAACAAGUCGGCAUCAGUAAAGCCUGUGCAGCGCAAACCUGUUACCUCUUCGGGCCCUACAUCAUCACAAGCAGGGAAGAAGGCGUUGGCAUCCGCGAAGGAAGGCGUGGCAUCAGUCAAGGCCUCUACAGCCAAUCUGAAUGCGAAAGUUGGAGCAAUGCCAAAUCCUUUCGCGGCCCACAAAGUUGACAGAUAUCCUUCUUCGCAACCUCUACCUGUCACGACCUCACCCACGAACACGACCACUGCACCUGGGCCUAAUGAUCCGCCUACGAACUGUACACCUAAAUCUCCCGCGAACACACAUCGCAAUCCUUACGCGCCGCCAUCGCUCUUCGCAUCGGCAUAA